AUGUUGCAAGAAAAUUGUCCCCCGUGCAUUAUAUCGUUGCAUAUUCAUUCAGAAGAUUCCAAGGGUUCAAUAUCUCUUCAGGAUUCCUUAUGUAACACUCAAUGUUUGGCACUGUUUGGCACCCGAGUCUUCUCUUUAAAGCUUAUAUCUAUUGUGUAUAUUCUCGAAGUGCUCCAACGGGUAAAACAGCUUAUAUCGCCCACAGGACAAGCAGUCACCCAAUCCAGCAGUCACCCAAUCCAGCAGUCACCCAAUCCACUUCACCAAUCACCUUUACCCAUCACCAGUCACCCCAAAAACCAUCACCCAAACACCAGUCCCAAACAACCAGUCACCCAAUCAACCAAUCAAGCCAAUCAACCAUCCCCAUCAACCGUCAAUACAGGGCACCCAAUCAAAAGUCAGCCAAUCACCAGUCACCCACAACAGUCACCCAACAAACGACCCAAUCAACCAGUCACCAAUCACAGCACCCAAUCAACCAGUCACCCAAUCCCAGUCACCAUUAACCAGUCCCCAGUCACCAAUCAACCAGUCACCAAUCAACCAGUCCCCAGUCAAAGUCCCAUCAACCGUCACCAUCAAACCCGUCCCCCCAAACAACCAUCCCCAAUCACCAGUCACCCAAACACCCCCACAGGCAAACCCAUCACCGUCACCCAAUCAAACCCACCGUCACCCAAAACCAGUCACCCAAUCAACCAGGGCACCCAAUCCACAUCAACCAUCAACCAAUCACCCAAUCAACCGGGGACCCAAACACCAGUCAACCAAUCCCAAACCAUCACCCAAUCAACCAGUCACCAAACACCAGUCAAACCAUCCCCGCAAUCACCAGUCUCCCCAAUCAACAGUCACCAGACCCAAUCAAACCCGUCACCCAUCACCAGUCACCCAAUCCACCGUACCAGCAAAUCACAGUCACCAAUCAACAGUCACCCAAUCACAGUCACCAAAACCAACCACCCAAAAUCCCCAAUCACCAGUCACCAUAACACAGUCACCAUCACGGGCACCCAAUCCCAGUUCACCCAAUCAAACCAGUCACCCAACCCAACCACCCACGGGCCAAUCCACCGUCACCCACCCAAACCAUCCCCAAUCCACCAGUCACCCAAUCCACCAGUCACCCAAUCAACCAGUCACCCAAUCCACCAGUCACCCAAUCCACCAGUCACCCAAUCCACCAGUCACCCAAUCCACCAGUCACCCAAUCCACCAGUCACCCAAUCCACCAGUCACCCAAUCCACCAGUCACCUGCGCCAACUUCUUGCAUGACAGAAAACGUCUUCCUCAGCUAG